GAGGGGGGAGGGAGCGAACAGGGUCCAGGUGUCACUGCGUUCACCUCCGCGGUUUUGUCGAAGUAUGUAACAGUUGUUUGAAGAGAGGCGGUGGAGAGGAUGUAAAGGACAGAUAGGAGAAAUAAAACUUUCUCAGACAGCAAAAGUUUUAAUUCAUUUUUAUGUUUUGGCUUCAUUUUCCGCGGUGAAGAUGAGCGGUGGCGUGGCGAAGACUGCGGGAAAUGGAGGCGAGAAAAGCAAAACUAACGUCCGAUGCAGGCAGCUUAGACUGACUCUGCAAGAUCAGGAUCAGUCAGACUACACCUCAGAGCAGCACAGCAACAAGGAGAGCAGCAUAGCAGUCGUGCUGCCACAAAAACCAGAAGAGCGGGAAGAAGCACUUGGUCUCAUCUCUCCCACAGAAGAAAAAGUUGAAGUCAUCAAGGUUUACCUUGAAGCCCGUCCAGAGACAGCGGAGAGUGUCAGGAUGCUAUCAGACGAGGUGUCGCAGAUUCAGGAGGUAAGGUAUUGUCUGAAGACACUGAGAGAGCAGAUGGCUGCCAGGCAGAACAGUAACAACAACAAGUAUCCAGUCAAUGGCUUCAGAGUCAACAUGCCCAGCAUCCAGCCGGUUGUCUCCAAUGGCAACACUGUUCUCAUUGAGUCGGAUGCUCGUGUCACAGACAAUCAGGAGGAGAGUGUGAAGCUCAGGGAGGCAACCAAACGUCUGUAUGCGCAGCUGAAGGAGAUGGAGAAGAGGCAUCAGGAGGAGAGCGAGAGGCUGCAGGUGGAGUCCAAUGAGUGCCAUGUUCGUCUGCUUGAGCAGUCGGAGCGACUGAAGAGGGCUGAGAAGCAGUCGGAGGAGAGAGGUCAGCAGGUGGAGGAGCUGCAGAGGCUGCUAGGAAGCAUGGAGAUCGAGAGCAGCAUCCUCAAAGAAAAGAUGGCAGCAGGGGAGGCAGAGCUGCUGCAGCUUAAAGAAAAAAGAGAGGAUGGGGAGGACAGGGAGGAGAAAGAGCAGAGGUGUGAACAGCUGGAGAAGGAGGUGGCCAUCCUCAAGGAAAAGAUUCAUCAUCUUGACGACAUGUUAAAGAGUCAGCAGAGGAAGGUCCGCCACAUGAUCGAACAGCUGCAAAACUCCCGGACUGUCAUUCAAGAGAGAGAUCGAGUCAUCAGGGACCUGGAGGAGAAGGUGGCUUUUCUUGAAGCUGAGAACAGAGAAAUGCAUGACCACAUGGAGUACUUCCUGACAGGCGAGAAUCCUCCGCUGCUUACGUCCACUGAGAACAAGCCAGAGGUCGUUUACAGUAAACCACUCACACCGACAACACCGACCAACAAGGUCCUCCCGUUCAUCAAAGUCAUUGAGAUCAAGUCCUGAACAGAGGAUCAACCAAAGGAAUGAUCUGAAGUAAAAAAAAAAAACAAAAAAAAAACUGUAAAUAUAUAUUUAAUCUCCUAGCAGUAUAUAAAACAUAGGUCAGCAGUGAUUUAAAAAAGGCUGGCUUAACAGAUGUCAUGGUAACAAACCACAGGCCUUUUUUUGUUGGUACCUCAUAGUUACUGUUGAGAAGAUGUUCUGCAUCCCUUCACAAGCUGUCUCAGUGUCAAACCGAAUCUGAACAGGUAAAGUACGAGAGAAUUCAGACUAGGAUCCAAACAUAGAAGAAAUCUAAAAAAAGGAAACAAAGAAGGAGACAACAUGGACAAAAAUCUGAGCUGUAUGUACACUGUAUGUAUGUGUCAGCAAGUCUUCAAGUUUUCCACCUCCACCUCUCUCCCAUAAAGAAUCUGAAGUAAGCACUUUCAACAGGUCAGUGUAAAAGGUGGGUAAAGAUUAUAAACACUUAAAAUUGUUUUUUCUCUGUUAGACAUACUCUUAGACAAGUGUACAAAUAAUCACAUUGUGGUGAGUGUUUUCACCAUCUCUUCAUCCUACAGCCUACUCGACCACAAUCCUAAGCAUCAGGGUCAGGGUCAAAUUCCUCAGUGCUUUGCACCACAUUGCCAACGGCAGGCAUGCAGUUAGCUACGUCAGUGUGGAAAUAUGAUUUAUGUUUGACUUAAAUAUAUUUCUCUGACAUUAGACUGGGUCAAAUAAAUAAGAAUGAUAAUGUUAUUUUACAUAUUAGAAUUUCAAUCCUCUUUUGUUUUACUUAUGCUGGAAAUACUUAUUAGAGGCUACAAAUAGAGAUAGUGGCUAGUUAAUGUUAGAAUUUUCAUUUUUAUCUACUCUGCCAAGUGCUGCCUCAAUACACUUAUUAUAAAUUCAGUUUUGUGCUAAAAGGUUGCAUAUUUAGUAACAAUAAUUCUGAUUUAACUUAUAAAUGUACUUACUGACAUAAUUAUGCAGUUUGUGUGGACGUUGCUGUUUCUUUCUGUAAAAUACUUUAUGCCGCAAACCAGGAUGAACAUUUUUCUGAGCUGAAUCACCUUUUACUGUGAACCUUGUAGAUAUAUACACCAAAAUUCAAGCUGUGUAUUUUUAUUGUAGACUGUCAAAUUUUAUUUAAGUAUGAUAAAAGGCCUGGUUUAUUGGA